AGUCCGAUUAUCCCAUCGGAGUAAAGUGCCUUGUCCAAUGCAGAGUUGUUUAAAAUGGAUUGUCAGUCUCGAACCCGAACACUUCAAGUGUUUGAUACGGAGUUAAGCGCUGAUACGGUGGAGUGGUGUCCUAUACCAGAAUGGUCUCAUAUUGUGGCAUGUGGGACUUACCAACUUCAAAAAAGCGAUGAUAAGACAGCAGGAGAAUGUACUGCACCGAGCAGAAUAGGUCGACUGUAUCUGUUUCACUGUAACACACAGCGAUCAUUUAGCCCUCCACUCACUGAGACUCAACGCAUAGACACUCCUGCUAUACUGGAUCUUAAGUGGUGUCAUGUGCCGAUAUCAGAGCACCCACUAUUGGGUAUGGCCACCGCUGGAGGAGAAAUUAAGCUGUACAAACUUACCGAGCCUAAGAAGGGCACCUGUGUUCUGGAAUGUGAGUUGAGCACCGUGUUGGGUCCUGACAGGCUGGCAUUAUCAUUAGAUUGGUCUACAGGGAGAGGCGAGAGCAAUGAUGUACGUGUGGUGUCCAGUGACUCUACUGGCUCUCUCACAGUGCUGUCUCUGGGGGAAGCUAGUUUGACUGCCGAGUGUCAGUGGAAAGCUCAUGACUUUGAGGCGUGGAUCUCUGCAUUUAGUUACUGGGAUACUCAGGUUAUUUAUUCGGGUGGUGAUGACUGCAAACUAAAGGGCUGGGAUUUAAGAAUGGGUCCCACUUUUCCUACCUUCACCAGCAAGAGACACACUAUGGGAGUGUGCAGCAUACAUAGUAACCCUCACCGAGAACACAUACUAGCCACUGGAAGCUACGAUGAGAACGUGUUGAUCUGGGAUGGGAGGAAUAUGAAGCAGCCUUUGAGUGAGACUGCUGUCGGUGGGGGCGUUUGGAGACUCAAGUGGCAUCCAAAUCAUGAGCACUUGUUGCUGGCCGCAUGUAUGCAUAAUGACUUCCAUAUUCUCCAUUGCCAGCAAGCUAUAGAUGGACAAGAUGCACCAUGCCCGAUCCUGGCUUCUUAUAUUCUACAUAACUCUUUAGCAUACGGAGCAGACUGGUCCAGAUUGCCCCUUAGCUACUCCGCUCCCCCCUCUCCUCAGGAGCCACCAAAAACCAGCGUCGGGCUCUCUGAGUCUGGAGGUCACCUCAGGAUCCAGUAUGAAUCCCCUACUGCCAGCUUUGACACGUCGCUGGAGGAUGACUCCGGGCGCUACGUACCAGAACCAGAAAAAAGUUCAGCUCCAGAACCUCCCACUCUCUCUGUUAAAGACUCCGAGUCUCUGUCCUGCCUGCUGGCUACCUGCUCUUUCUACGACCACAUGCUGCACGUUUGGAGAUGGGACUGGAGCCCGGAAGAAAAACAGGAAGCCCCUGUUCCUGCCCACUCGUCCUGAAACCCCUUCCUGCUUCUGUUAUGAAUGACCAUGCUGCUCUACAAAUAACCUUCUAGGUUAAUGUUAUUUGGACCUAUACGUUUCUAUUUUGUGUCCUACUGUAACUACAGUAUUGCUUUAAAUAUAUGCAAUUUGGUAUAUUUUUAUUUCAGACAAACCAAGAGUCAUUUUCAAAUUAUAUAUUUCAAAUGUGCUGACUGUUUAUUACAAAAAUGCAAUUUGUACAAUAAAAUAACCACUAAAUCUAA